AUGCCAACCGAAAUUAUGCAUCGUCCUGAAGAUUAUGACCGAGAAUUUGACCCGGAUGCGUAUUUACAAUACUACUUUAGCAAAGAAGCCAUCGAACGGGGAACCCGGGUUUCAUUGUUUGCGUUGCCCGUUUUCGCUCAAAUUCUUUUACAGACGGUGCCAGAAAACGAGAGACAAAGCUUGCUCGACAUUGGGGCUGGUCCUACGGUUUAUUCCGCGCUCUGCUUUAGAGAUGUCGUGAAAAGGGUUUAUCUGACGGAUUACGUCAACAAGAAUCUCGAGAUCCUCAAGGAGUGGUUGAACAAAACAAAUCCCUACGACUGGUGCCCAACCAUUCGCGUUAUCAAGAGAACCGAGGGCGGUUUUCCACCAUCGGAUGAUGAGCUGAAUGUGAUCGAAGAGCACACGCGGGGCAUCGUCAAAAAAGGAGGCAUUCUCUGGGGAAAUGUUCAUUUGCACACAGUCGUACCUGAACUACCCAUCAAACAAGUUGAUGUGGUGCUUUCGGUUUUCUGCUUGGAGAGUGCCUGUCACAACUUUGAUCAAUACAUCAACUGUAUGAAAAAUAUUACGCGUCAUUUGAGGCCUGGUGGUAAAUUUGUGCUCGGCUCAGUGUUGGAGGAUGAAGCAUACAAUUCGGGGAGACAGAAGAUCUUCUCUUUGCUUUAUUUGACCGAAGAGAUGAUUAUGAGAGCAUUGGGCGAAGCGGACAUCGAUUUAGAAUCGGUGAAGAAAUACGUGCUUGAGGAGGAGGGUGUCAUGUUUUUGAUGGCCUCUAAACGGCUACAG